AUGGGGUGGUGGUGGGUGCCCCUGCUGCUGGCAUCCUGGCUCCCUGGGGUACAGCCCUGCCUGCUGUGCUUCAUGCCUCCCCUGGACCGGUCACGGCUGUGCCGCGACGUCACCACAGCCCCCGUCGAGCACCCCCUGCACCAGCGCUGCCUCGAAGCCCUUGUCCAGGCUGCUGUGCCCUUCAGCUCUGUCACUGUGGCCUCCAAACCCGAUCCCAUCCCGGCGCCAGGGGCGGAGCAGCGCGAUGAGCUUCGGGCCAUCGUCAGGGACAACCUGCAGUUCCUGCACCUGGAGAAGGACACGAAGCCCUUUAACACGUCUCUGAAGGAAGCUGUCGACACAAUCUGGGCGAAGCUGAGCAAGCUGGAGGAAGCUCCAGCCUGCAUCCCACCCUGUGGGUACCAGCCAGCUGCCCGUGUCUACCAGUGUGCUACCUGUCGCCUGGUGGACUGCCAGUUUCCCCUGGACUGCCCAGUGCAGGACGUGUGGGCAGCAGCAGCUGAGGCCAUCACCCUGCACUGCCACGUGCCCUUCGCCGCCCCCCGCGACCUGCCCGUCACCUGGAUGUUUGCCAAGGACCUGCGCACACAGGACCUGUCAGUGUUUGAGGAGCUGCAGGGGGGUGCAGAGGGACCUCUGAGCCUGACCCUGCAGGACCCCACGCCAGGAACCGUCGCCUGUCGCCUGGGAGCCCUUUCUGAGCCCUUGGCCCGCAAGUACUUCUACCUCAACGUGACAGCGAGGAGCGUGGAGGCAGAGCAGGCUGUGCAGGCUCAGCUCAGGGCUGUGCUGCGCUGGCCCCAGGGCAGCAGCUCCCCCCACGGCCGCCCGGGGCUGGGGCUGGGGCUGGCUCUCGGCUCCAUGGCACUGGUGCUGCUGCUCAUGGCCACCUGGCAAUGCCAGAGACACCGAGACCCCAGCGACCCCCAGACACCCCCCAGCCCUGGACAACAGGGUGCCCCAGAGAAUUCCAGCAGCCUGACUGUGCCCUAGGAGAGCUUGGCACGUGGAUCCACCCCUAAGGGCCAACACCUCUGCAGUUGCCUUGUUUGCAUGGGGGUGGCAUGUGCAAAUGAGAACAAGUCUUAAACCAGAGCAGCAGAGUCCUCCAGAUGUGGCUGGUGCUGGAGGCAGAGAUCUGCUGGGGCUGGGCUGGCACACAGAAGUCUGUGGGCUCACAUGCAGAAACACAGGAGCAGCCCUAAAUAAUGCUUGGUCACUCCUGUCCCUGCAGCCAGCACUGGAGGACAGUCAGAUUGCUACCUGGAGGAAAGCUUUGUCUUCAUACUGAUGUACCCAAGGUGCUCCUGUAUAAUAAACCUUUGCAUGCCACAGCCACUGCA